UUUCCUUUCUACAUAAAAUACUCUUUUAGUACCCGUGCUAAGUUCUCAAAGGAAAAUGUAUUUCAAGAUCCAUCUUUUAUUCCUACUAAUUUCCUUGCUUGCUGCAGAUUUCUUGCAUACUACUUCAGGAUCCCAACUGCUUAAUGAAAAGCAAUUUGAAGACCAAGCAUGCGUAGUAGUUGGAGGACAACAAGUUUGUGGCCAGCCUUCAAGACGUCAACAACCUGGUGGGCGACAAGUCCAACAACCAAGUAUCCCUAAACGACAACAACCUGGUGGACAACAAGGUAGUCAAUAUGGAAGGAACCCACAUCAAUGUGACAAUAUAGUUGGAGGACAACAAUCAUGUGGCCAACAACAAGGACAACUAGGUGGAAGUCAACAAGGACAAGGACAACAUGGUAGCCAACAAGGACAACUAGGUGGAAGUCAACAAGGACAAGGACAACAUGGUAGCCAACAAGGACAACUAGGUGGAAGUCAACAAGGACAAGGACAACAAGGUAGCCAACAAGGACAAUCACAAGGACAACUAGGUGGAAGUCAACAUGGAGGAGACCAAAAACAAUGUGGCAAUAUAGUAGGAGGACAACAACAAUGUCAGGGACAACAAGGUAAACAAGGACAAGGACAACAAGGUAGCCAACAAGGUAAGCAAGGACAAGGACAACAAGGUAGCCAACAAGGACAAGGUGGAAACAACCCAUGUCAAGAUGGAUACCAACAAGGUCCAUAUGGUCAACAACCUUGUCAUAAACAUGAGUGAGCACAAAAUUAAGCAAGUGAUACUGUGUCAAUUUCCGGUUUCAAUAAUGUUUACCCUAAUAAAACACGAACAUAUAUGAUUAUAUGUUCAGAAUAAAGAAUGUUAUAAGUAAUCACUUUUUUCUUAAUAAAAUGGUAUGUUUGUAUGAAA